AUGUUUGACGACUGUAAGCAUGUAGAACACGCAACGGUGGCCUCUUCGGUGCCAUUUGCCUUGCCACCUAUCCAAUAUGAGGGCUUCGAACCAGGACCGCAUGAGCAGGAGGAAACUGGAGAGUCAGACUUGCCCAUCGACGCCAACUACGAUGGGAUUACAGCACCAGUAUUCAGUAUUGGCCAAGUGCAGUGUGCAAUCAAUGCGCCGCUUGUCUCACUUGUCGUCUGCUCGGAUGUCCUCGUCAUGGCUCUCAAAUCCAAUGUUCUCAUCAUAAUUGAACUCUCUCGUCCAGACCAGCCAAUACGAAUCCAAAUUCCAAGGAAAGAAACGGAUAUGACGAUCUACAAAUUAUUCGUGGAUCCUUCCGGCAGGCAUAUAGUCAUCACUUCACUGCAGGGAGAGAAUUGGUAUCUCUUCAAAACCUGGAAGAGACCAAAACAGCUGAAGACCUACAAGAUGGUUAUUGAGAGCAUCGCUUGGAACAAGACUGCCCUUCUUUCUAACGCUCAUCCAACGUCGACUCGCGAAAUGCUUAUUGGGGCGCGUAAUGGUACAAUUCUGGAGGCUAUCUUGGACUCUGAAGAUGACUUUUUCAAGUCUCACGAAAGAUAUCUGCAACCCAUGUUCUCCCUUCCCGAAAGGCAGCCAAUUACAGGCAUCAAGUUCGACUUUUUUCCGCCGUCUGACCCGAAGAAGGCUCUAGUUGUAGCAACUACCCCGUCGAGGAUAUACCAGUUUAUUGGGACACCUGACCGCAGGUCAGAUGAUGGUGGUCGCGUCUUCUCCAGCUUCUUUUCCAGCUACCGGGAUAGUGCUCCAAGGAUCCUUGAGCUACCUGGAGACCUGACUUAUUCAGAAUUGCAUUACUACACACCCAACGCAGAGCAAGCAUUCUCGCUCCCUCGAUCAAUGGCAUGGUUGACGGCCCCCGGAAUAUAUCAUGGAAACCUGAAUUUCGAUUCAACUUCAGACGAUUUCAUUGACGCUGCCGACGUUCUCCCUUAUCCCGCACUAUCAUCCCUCUCUACUAACGCGCCUCUGUCAAUAUCGCUUAGUCAAUUCCAUUUCAUCAUGUUAUAUCAAGAUCGGGUUGUGGGCAUAUGCCAUCUCGAUGACAAGCUCGCUUAUGAGGAAUCAUUGCCUCUUAAACCGGAAGAGGAAGUUGUUGGACUAACCGCAGAUCCCGUUCGAAAGACUUACUGGAUUUAUACCAAUCAGUCGAUAUACGAAUUGCUAUUAGGAAACGAGGAUCGUGAUGUGUGGAAAAUAUAUCUGGAGAAAGGGCAAUUUGACAUGGCACUGAAAUAUUCCAAGACGGCUACGCAACGCAACCACAUACUUUCAGCACAAGGAAAUGCAUUCUUUGAAGAGACCCGCUACUUCCAAGCCGCUCAAUGCUAUGCUCAGUGUUCAGUACCAUUCGAGGAAGUAGCGUUAAAGUUCUUGGAUGUCGGUGAACAUGAUGCUUUACGGUCCUAUCUCAUCUCUAGACUAGAGAGAACAAGGAGAAAGGACCUAACCCAGCGUCUUAUGCUGGCUACUUGGCUCGUCGAGUUUUACCUGAGCAAAUGCAAUGAAUUGGAUGACGUUGUGGCGUCUGAAUCCGUUUCUCAUGAUGUUGAGAACCUGCAGACGGAGAAAACUAUUCUAGAAGACGACCUACGGCAGUUCUUUGAAACUUACAAGCAAAAUCUCGAUCCUCAGACGACCUACGAACUCAUUCAGGGCCAUGGCCGAACUGAUAUGUAUUUGCAUUAUGCAACAGUGAUCGGCGACUUUGACAGAGUAAUUGAACAUUGGGUUCUGGAGGAAGAAUGGUCUAAAGCCCUGGACGUCAUUAACCGGCAGACAGAUCUUAGUCUCUAUUACCGGUUCGGGCCUGUGCUCAUGCGCAACGCCCCACGAGAAACCGUGGAUUCUUGGUUAAAACAACUAUCCCUUGAUCCACUGAAGCUAAUCCCCUCCCUCCUUCAAGUGCAACACGCACUUCGUGAUCCGUUAUCCCCGAAUCACGCUAUACGAUACCUCAAUCAUGUUGUGUUCGAACAGCAUAACACAUCCCCUACUUUGCAUAAUCUUCUCAUCACCUUUUACGUGUCACCUACCUCGCCAUCAUCUUCCCCUGUGGAUGAUGGUCCUCUUCUUCGAUUCUUGACUAAUGCCCCGUGCGACCCAUUGACGGAUAAACCUUACUAUGACCUGGACUAUGCUCUGCGGCUGUGCAAGCAGACCGGACGCACGCAACCAUGUGUUCACAUUUAUUCGAAGAUGGGGCUGUGGGAGAAUAGUGUUGACCUGGCCCUGGAAAAGGGCGAUUUGGAACUGGCACAAAUCAAUGCUGAUAUGCCUGAACAGGAUAUACCUUUGCGCAAGAAGUUGUGGCUAAAGAUUGCCCGAUACGUUGUUCAAGACAAAAAGGAUAUCAAAACGGCAAUGCGGUUUUUGGAGAACACUGAUCUCCUCAAAAUUGAAGAUAUACUUCCCUUCUUCCCCGACUUUGUUGUUAUCGACGAUUUCAAAGAAGAAAUAGCGCAUGCGCUAGAAGGAUAUUCGUCGCAUAUCGAUACCCUCAAGAGCGAUAUGGACGAAGCUACACGGACCGCAGAAGAGAUCAAAGAAGAUAUUGCGGCGCUGAAAAAUCGCUUUGUGACUAUCGACGCCGGAGAAUCCUGUUCGUCGUGUUCCCAUCUCUUGCUAACUCGGCAGUUCUAUAUCUUCCCCUGUCGCCAUGCGUUCCACGCGGAUUGUCUAAUCGGUCUCGCAAAGGAAUACCUUCCACCUCAUUCAUUGCGAAGAAUGAUUACUCUGCAGAACGAACUGGUGAAGGGAGCAGCUGGAAACCCUCCAAAUGUAUCCAGUGCACCCAAUCCCAGUCAGAAUAACCCUCGAAAUCCCCAGUCACGUACUUUGCUCUCUUCAAACUUUCCCAACCCUCUUCAGAAUGGCACUCGGGCUGCAAACUUGUUGGGCCGUAGUGUACUAUCAGCCGGGGACAAACUCAGGGAUCUCAUCAUUCCAGAUGCACUUGCCGCCGCGGUCUCGCCGUCUGUGUGGAUUCCUGGUAUGGGUGGCCGAAAGAGCGAGAUCGAUACUGACGGAGAAAGGAAGGUAGAGAAGCUGAGAGCGGAGUUGGACAACAUGUUGGCAUGUAAUUGUCCAUUGUGCGAAAGCGUGAUCGUUGGUUUGGAUAAACCGUUUGUCAAGGAGGGUGAGGUGGACACGACGUGGACGUUGUGA